CCCUGCCUUAAUUUCCUUUCCCUCCUACUCACUUCCAUAGUACCACUUAAAGCCUAAAUUACAAUCCCACAAAGAUCACCACAUCUUUGUCACUCAUACGAUGCAUUUCCUCCUCCCUCUUCUUUUCAGCUUUAUUGCUUCUUCCUCAAGCAACGCCCAGCCUUCACCUGGUUUUUACCCAAGCUCCAAAAUUACAACAGUACCCUUCAAUCAAGCUUAUAGAAACUUAUGGGGCCCUCAACACCAGAGCUUCGACCAAAACACCAUCGUCCUUUGGCUCGAUAGGUCUACAGGAAGUGGCUUCAGGUCGCUCAGACCAUACAAAUCUGGCUACUUCGGGACAGCCAUGAAGCUCCAUCCUGGCUACACCGCAGGGGUCAUUACUUCAUUUUACCUUUCAAAUGGCGAGGUUCAUCCAGGGGACCACGAUGAAGUUGACAUCGAGUUUCUUGGUACAACACCAGGAAAACCAUAUACCCUGCAGACAAACGUGUACAUUAGAGGGAGUGGCGACAGAAACAUCAUCGGAAGGGAAGAAAAGAUUCACCUGUGGUUUGAUCCGACCACCGCUUUCCAUAACUACGCUAUCUUAUGGAGCCCCAUUGAGAUCAUAUUUUUUGUGGAUGAUGUGCCGAUUAGAAGGUACCCGAGGAAAAGCGAUGCUACAUUUCCUUUAAGGCCAAUGUAUGUAUACGGGUCUAUAUGGGAUGCAUCUUCAUGGGCGACUGAAAAUGGUAGAUAUAAAGCUGAUUAUAGGUACCAGCCUUUUUAUGGUCGAUACAACAAUUUCAAGGUAGGAGGUUGUGCUGAUAACUCACCGGCGUCGUGUCGGCCACCGUCCGGUUCUCCGGCGAGGACGGGUGGGCUGAGCCGCCAGCAAGUGGUGGCGAUGCUUUGGGUUCAAAGGAACUAUAAGGUGUAUGAUUAUUGUAGGGAUCCUAAAAGAGACCACACGCAAACACCAGAGUGCUAAAAUGGUGGUUUGAAAGAAAAUUAAUGGAGGCUUGAGAUGUGUUCAAAGCUAAUUAGCAAAAUGGCAGU